AGACAAUCGACUGAUGAUUACUCCAAUCAUGACACCAACAGCAGCAGCAAUAGCAAUAGCAGCAUCGCCAGCUUCUUCGGUGCAAUGGCUAAGGAGAUCAAAAUAGCAACAUCAUUUUCCGGAUCAAACCGUAUCGCCGUCUAUAACGCCAUUUUAUUGACGAACUGGUCGUCAACACGUAUUCACGUACGAAGAAGCUUCAUUUCCCGUCCAGGAAUAAACCACGCUGUUUUGUUCGCCCCAACCACAAGUCCUGAUUGCACAUCAUGGUGUACAACUGUGAUAUGCAGCAGCGAUACGCACACGUGGGAAAAAGCGGAGGGGAUGUUGAUCAAAUUCCAACAUGCCAAAAAUAGAGCGAAUUGUUCGCAGACACAAACCCACCCUGAACCAUAUCAGUUGUGUUUCAGAUUACUCUUUGGUCUGUUAACAAAGAUGUACACUGUCGCGCCGCGCGCGCACGCAUUCCGCAAUUCGCAUUCCCCUCCCCUGGGCAGUUCACCCGAAUCCCCCGUCCAGCGUCGCGUUUCACGCUCGAGUUCCACGGGGGCCUUACAGUCGAUUCACACAUCAUGACCGACCGACCGAACCCCCUGUCUUGCGAUUCGGUUCCAGAUCGACGAGCGUUUUACUUUCCGCCUUACCUUUUCCGCCCUGCAACCCAACAUAGUGUACAGUAUCCCAUGAUAUAGAGGGCGCCAGGGCUUGCUUAUUUGCCGCCCCAUGGAAGCCGCUUGAGGGAGGGGGGAAGAAAAAAAAGGAAAACAAGAAGUUAAACAUAGCAAUCUAGUAGAUUAUUUCGCUGCAAAGUUUACAAUUUACAGUU